UGUCUAUAGAGGGAGUACAUUGUCAGACAGUCCCUGUUCCCUGUCUAUAGAGGAAGGACAUUGUCAGACAGUCCCUGUUCCCUGUCUGUAGAGGGAGACAGGCCGGACUGACAAUCUGUGGGUUCUGGCAAAUGCCAGAGGGGCUGCUGUAUGGUUCCAUAGAAAGUUACCACAUAGUGGGCUGGUAGAGGGAUGCUUGGGCUGGUAAAUGGGUUAUUUGGGACUCUGUGUACUUGGAAUGGCAGGGCCUAUUUUGACUCCCAGUCCAGGCCUGGAAGGAGGACAUUGUCAGACAGUCCCUGUUCCCUGUCUAUAGAGGAAGGACAUUGUCAGACAGUCCCUGUUCCCCUGUCUUUAGAGGAAGGACAUUGUCAGACAGUCCCUGUUACCUGUGUGUAGAGGGAGGACAUUGUCAGACAGUCCCUGUUCCCUGUCUAUAGAGGAAGGACAUUGUCAGACAGUCCCUGUUCCCUGUCUAUAGAGGGAGGACAUUGUCAGACAGUCCCUGUUCCCUGUCUAUAGAGGAAGGACAUUGUCAGACAGUCCCUGUUACCUGUCUAUAGAGGAAGGACAUUGUCAGACAGUCCCUGUUCCCUGUCUAUAGAGGAAGGACAUUGUCAGACAGUCCCUGUUACCUGUGUGUAGAGGGAGGACAUUGUCAGACAGUCCCUGUUACCUGUGUGUAGAGGGAGGACAUUGUCAGACAGUCCCUGUUCCCUGUCUAUAGAGGAAGGACAUUGUCAGACAGUCCCUGUUCCCUGUCUAUAGAGGAAGGACAUUGUCAGACAGUCCCUGUUCCCUGUCUGUAGAGGGAGACAGGCCGGACUGACAAUCUGUGGGUUCUGGCAAAUGCCAGAGGGGCUGCUGUAUGGUUCCAUAGAAAGUUACCACAUAGUGGGCUGGUAGAGGGAUGCUUGGGCUGGUAAAUGGGUUAUUUGGGACUCUGUGUACUUGGAAUGGCAGGGCCUAUUUUGACUCCCAGUCCAGGCCUGGAAGGAGGACAUUGUCAGACAGUCCCUGUUCCCUGUCUAUAGAGGAAGGACAUUGUCAGACAGUCCCUGUUCCCCUGUCUUUAGAGGAAGGACAUUGUCAGACAGUCCCUGUUACCUGUGUGUAGAGGGAGGACAUUGUCAGACAGUCCCUGUUCCCUGUCUAUAGAGGAAGGACAUUGUCAGACAGUCCCUGUUCCCUGUCUAUAGAGGGAGGACAUUGUCAGACAGUCCCUGUUCCCUGUCUAUAGAGGAAGGACAUUGUCAGACAGUCCCUGUUACCUGUCUAUAGAGGAAGGACAUUGUCAGACAGUCCCUGUUCCCUGUCUAUAGAGGAAGGACAUUGUCAGACAGUCCCUGUUACCUGUGUGUAGAGGGAGGACAUUGUCAGACAGUCCCUGUUACCUGUGUGUAGAGGGAGGACAUUGUCAGACAGUCCCUGUUCCCUGUCUAUAGAGGAAGGACAUUGUCAGACAGUCCCUGUUCCCUGUCUAUAGAGGAAGUACAUUGUCAGACAGUCCCUGUUACCUGUGUGUAGAGGAAGGACAUUGUCAGACAGUCCCUGUUCCCUGUCUAUAGAGGGAGGACAUUGUCAGACAGUCCCUGUUCCCUGUCUAUAGAGGAAGGACAUUGUCAGACAGUCCCUGUUACCUGUGUGUAGAGGGAGGACAUUGUCAGACAGUCCCUGUUCCCUGUCUAUAGAGGAAGGACAUUGUCAGACAGUCCCUGUUACCUGUGUGUAGAGGGAGGACAUUGUCAGACAGUCCCUGUUCCCUGUCUAUAGAGGAAGGACAUUGUCAGACAGUCCCUGUUCCCUGUCUAUAGAGGAAGGACAUUGUCAGACAGUCCCUGUUCCCUGUCUGUAGAGGGAGACAGGCCGGACUGACAAUCUGUGGGUUCUGGCAAAUGCCAGAGGGGCUGCUGUAUGGUUCCAUAGAAAGUUACCACAUAGCGGGCUGGUAGAGGGAUGCUUGGGCUGGUAAAUGGGUUAUUUGGGACUCUGUGUACUUGGAAUGGCAGGGCCUAUUUUGACUCCCAGUCCAGGCCUGGAAGGAGGACAUUGUCAGACAGUCCCUGUUCCCCUGUCUUUAGAGGAAGGACAUUGUCAGACAGUCCCUGUUACCUGUGUGUAGAGGGAGGACAUUGUCAGACAGUCCCUGUUCCCUGUCUAUAGAGGAAGGACAUUGUCAGACAGUCCCUGUUCCCUGUCUAUAGAGGGAGGACAUUGUCAGACAGUCCCUGUUCCCUGUCUAUAGAGGAAGGACAUUGUCAGACAGUCCCUGUUACCUGUGUGCAGAGGGAGGACAUUGUCAGACAGUCCCUGUUCCCUGUCUAUAGAGGAAGGACAUUGUCAGACAGUCCCUGUUACCUGUGUGUAGAGGGAGGACAUUGUCAGACAGUCCCUGUUACCUGUGUGUAGAGGGCGGACAUUGUCAGACAGUCCCUGUUCCCUGUCUAUAGAGGAAGGACAUUGUCAGACAGUCCCUGUUCCCUGUCUAUAGAGGAAGGACAUUGUCAGACAGUCCCUGUUACCUGUGUGUAGAGGAAGGACAUUGUCAGACAGUCCCUGUUCCCUGUCUAUAGAGGGAGGACAUUGUCAGACAGUCCCUGUUCCCUGUCUAUAGAGGAAGGACAUUGUCAGACAGUCCCUGUCACCUGUGUGCAGAGGGAGGACAUUGUCAGACAGUCCCUGUUCCCUGUCUAUAGAGGAAGGACAUUGUCAGACAGUCCCUGUUACCUGUGUGUAGAGGGAGGACAUUGUCAGACAGUCCCUGUUCCCCUGUCUAUAGAGGGCAGAUAUUGUCAGACAGUCCCUAGUCCCAAAUAUGUAGAAGGAGGAUAUUUUCAGACAAUCCCUUCUGCCCUGUAUGUACAUGAGAGGUUCUUAACCCACAGACAAUGCAUACUUCUUAAAGAAUUAAUGUCUUUUUGGAGAGUUCUUUAAUUAUGAUAGUGGGUGUAUCAUUUUGAUACUGUCUAACAACUGAUGUGUUCUAGUGCUCCUCUAUUUUCCUGUGAGUCGAUUGCUAGUUUUUGUUAGACAGUGCCUGGUGUGUAAACUGGGGUAUUGUCUGACUCCCUCACACUGCGUCUGCGCAAUGCAUCCAGACCAAACAGAACCAUCAAAACCAGCACCCAGAGACUGACAUGGAGAGAAAGGCCAGCACCUAGUACCUGAGUACUCAGAGGGGGGACACAUGGCAACUGAUGACUCGGCAGGAGGAGCUCGCAGGGCAACUAAGAGCAAAUUGUUUGAGUUCCUGGUACAUGGAGUGCGUCCUGGGAUGCCAUCUGGGGCACGGAUGCCUCAUCAAGGAGCUCCUAUGGGCCCACCAGGGCCACCAUUUGGAGGGAGUCCCUCAGUUCGGCCUGGAAUACCACCAGCAGUGAUGGAGCCAACAAGGAAGCGUUUAGCUCCACCUCAAGUCCAGCAGCAAUCCACUCCCUCACAGGGGCGGAGCCGCAGUGCCAAGAGAAGGAAGAUGGCAGAUAAAAUCCUUCCUCAGAGGAUCCGGGAACUUGUUCCUGAGUCCCAGGCCUACAUGGAUCUUCUGGCUUUUGAAAGAAAACUGGACCAAACCAUCAUGAGAAAGCGCAUUGACAUCCAAGAGGCAUUAAAGAGACCGAUGAAGCAAAAGAGGAAGCUCCGCCUUUACAUCUCCAAUACAUUCAAUCCAGCUAAAGCAGAUGCUGAUGACUCUGAUGGGAGCAUUGCCUCCUGGGAACUGCGUGUGGAAGGAAAGUUACUGGAUGAUCCCAGUAAGAUGAAGAGAAAAUUCUCCUCCUUCUUCAAGAGUUUGGUCAUCGAGUUGGAUAAAGACUUGUAUGGACCGGACAAUCACUUGGUGGAGUGGCAUAGGACCCCAAGUACCCAGGAGACCGAUGGGUUUCAGGUGAAAAGACCAGGGGAUGUUAGUGUGCGAUGCACCUUGCUACUAAUGCUGGACUACCAGCCCCCACAGUUCAAGCUGGACCCCCGCCUGGCACGACUCCUGGGCCUUCACACCCAGACCAGAGCAGUCAUCAUCCAGGCUCUAUGGCAGUAUAUAAAGAUCAACAAACUGCAAGACUGUCAUGAUAAGGAAUAUAUAACUGUGGACAAGUACUUCCAGCAGAUAUUUGACUGUCCCAGAUUAAAGUUCUCGGAGAUACCGCAGAGACUGACAAACCUGCUUCUGCCCCCCGACCCGAUUGUCAUCAACCACAUCAUCAGCGUUGACCCCAUAGACCAGAAGAAAACUGCCUGUUAUGAUAUUGAUGUGGAGGUUGAGGAUCCUCUGAAGAGUCAGAUGAGCAGCUUCUUGCUCUCUACAGCCAAUCAGCAAGAGAUUUCUUCCCUCGAUAACAAGAUCCACGAGACCAUUGAAUCAAUUAAUCAGCUGAAAAUUCAAAGAGAUUUCAUGCUGAGCUUCUCCCGGGACCCAAAAGGCUAUAUACAGGACUGGCUACUGUCCCAGAGCAGGGACCUGAAGAUCAUGACUGAUGUUGUGGGGAAUCCGGAGCAGGAGAGGAGAGCAGAUUUCUAUCAGGAGCCCUGGUCUCAGGAGGCCGUGAGCCGCUACUUUUAUUGCAAGAUCCAGCAGCGCAGACAAGAGUUGGAACAAUCCCUGGGAGUGAGGAACACGUAGAGGCUCCUCUGGUCUCAUCUCCAAGUCCAUUACGUGGCCCCUGCGCAGCUUCUCAUUGUCCCAGAACUCCAGAUAUUACUCCAAGAGUCGCUCAAGUUUGGGAACAGUUGGCUCCUCUCUUCCCUCCUCUCACACCCCACAGUGGGGCUUCACCAAGGUCACAUGACUUUUAUAGACAUUGACUGUGGCCCCUAUAGUAAGUCAGCACUGUGCCCCACAUCCUGCAUCUUCUACUGCCCCGUGCCUUGGGGUCAUGUGAUGCCAAACCCUUUCAUAAUUGGAUCAGUAUUUGUAUUCAUUAACUGGGCCAAUUAUAUUGCAUUGUGUCAUGAUGGUCUCUCUUCACUGCUUGUGCCACGGACCACUAGUCUCUCUGCACUGCUAGCCACCAUCACUGCUUGUUCCAUGGACCACUAGUCUCUCUGCACUGCUAGCCACCAUCACUGCGUGUGCCAUGGACCACUAGUCUCUCUGCACUAAUAGCCACCAUUACUGCUUGUGCCACGGACCACUAGUCUCUCUGCACUGCUAGCCACCAUUACUGCUUGUGCCACGGAGCACUAGUCUCUCUGCACUGCUAGCCACCAUUACUGCUUGUGCCACGGACCACUAGUCUCUCUGCACUGCUAGCCACCAUUACUGCUUGUGCCACAGACCACUAGUCUCUCUGCACUGCUAGCCACCAUUACUGCUUGUGCCACGGACCACUAGUCUCUCUGCACUGCUAGCCACCAUUACUGCUUGUGCCACGGAGCACUAGUCUCUCUGCACUGCUAGCCACCAUUACUGCUUGUGCCACGGACCACUAAUCUCUCUGCACUGCUAGCCACCAUCACCAUCACUGCAUGUGCCAUGGAUCACUAGUCUCUCUGCACUGCUAGCCACCAUUACUGCUUGUGCCACGGACCACUAAUCUCUCUGCACUGCUAGCCACCAUCACUGCAUGUGCCAUGGAUCACUAGUCUCUCUGCACUGCUAGCCACCAUCACUGCUUGUGCCACGGACCACUAGUCUCUCUGCACUGCUAGCCACCAUUACUGCUUGUGCCACGGAGCACUAAUCUCUCUGCACUGCUAGCCACCAUUAUUGCUUGUGCCACGGCCACUAAUCUCUCUGCACUGCUAGCCACCAUCACUGCUUGUGGCACGGAGCACUAAUCUCUCUGCACUGCUAGCCACCAUCACUGCUUGUGGCACGGAGCACUAAUCUCUCUGCACUGCUAGCCACCAUCACUGCUUGUGCCACGGACCACUAGUCUCUCUGCACUGCUUGCCACCAUCACUGCUUGUGCCACGGCCACUAAUCUCUCUGCACUGCUAGCCACCAUUACUGCUUGUGCCACGGAGCACUAAUCUCUCUGCACUGCUAGCCACCAUCACUGCUUGUGCCACGGAGCACUAGUCUCUCUGCACUGCUAGCCACCAUUACUGCUUGUGCCACGGAGCACUAGUCUCUCUGCACUGCUAGCCACCAUCACUGCUUGUGGCACGGAGCACAGGCAGCAGCACAACAUUGCUGCUAUUCUCUCACUGAUUCCUCUGCACCACUGGAUAUUUAUACACAGAUGUUGGGACAGGAACAAGGAGUAGGUAUGGGGGGGCUCCUCAUAUUUAGGGAUCCACUUAUACCAUGUGACACUGACAGAUGGAAUGAUGGGUAAGUGGGUGGGGCAGGAACAAGGUGUUGGUUCAUACCUUUAACCCCAUUCAUGGGGGGCAGAUUGAAAGUGCAGAAGGUACCCCAGGCUUUUAUUUAGUGAUUCGUUAAGUCUUUUAGUUUCCACUACAGUCGGUCCCUGGCGCUCCCCCAGAAUGAGGGGCAAAUCACUGCAUUGUGAUGUAAUUGGGCAGCUAGGAAUUGGGGCGUAAGUCCACAUUGGUAAGGUCUCGGGGGGCUGGAUGGGGGAGGGUUAGUGUUACAGGGACUGGAUUGGGUAGAAAAGGGUCUCGGGGGGGGGGAGUGGGUGGGGUUAGCAGGAGACCCCAGGUCUUGAGGGAACAUAUUAAUGAUCAGUGGUAGGUGAGUAUUAGUAACUUCUGUUUGUGUCACUCAGUGACACCCCAAUAAAUCUCAUUUCUACUUA